AUUGAUGAUUCUCUUCCAUCUCGCGUAAAUAGUAUAAACAGCACUUCUUCUGAUCCCGAUGUUCAGCACCCAUCGAAUGUUUCACCAAUCCCAAUUACUGCCACUAUCCAUCGACCACCCUCUGCUCCCCCUACUCCAACAAAACGCCAUCCUUCUCGUUUCAAGCGUCCCAAUAAGAAAGAUGACUCUGUCAAUUCAACUUCUUCAAUCACUGACAGUAUUGACUCAUCCGCUUCUGGUUCAAGUUCGCGUCCAGGGGAAGCGAACUCGAGCUGGAAUGGGCGGCCAUUGUCAACUAUAAGUAUCGAGGAGAGCCGAAUAGUCGUCAGAGAUUUUGUUAAGGCUGAUGGAAAUGUGAGUAGCGUCAACGCGAGUGGAAGUGGAGGAAAGACAAAGGGUAUAGGGAGAUUGAAAAAGAGGAUAGGCAGUGGAAAGAAUGAUCAAGAAUGUAUACUAAUGUGA